CUUUCCCUCCCCACCCUAAAACUAUCUUUGCCUUGUUCUUGUGAACGCAAAAUGGUGGACGAGUUACGUUUUGAUGGUCGUGUAGUUCUCGUAACAGGUGCUGGCGGAGGUCUAGGAAGAGAGUAUGCCCUCGCUUUCGCUUCAAAAGGUGCCUCUGUCGUGGUUAAUGAUCUUGGCGGUGAUGCUAAAGGAGGAGGAAAGAACAGCGCUGCAGCCGAUAAAGUUGUUGAAGAAAUCCGUUCUCGAGGAGGCAGGGCAGUGGCUAAUUACAAUUCGGUAGAGGACGGCGAGAAGGUUGUCCAAACGGCUUUAGAUGCAUUCGGUCGAAUUGACAUCCUCAUCAACAAUGCUGGAAUUCUAAGAGAUCGGUCGUUCGGACGCAUAAGCGAUCUUGAUUGGGAUCUCGUGCAUCGGGUUCAUCUUCGUGGGGCGUUCAAGGUGACUCGAGCCGCUUGGCCCCAUAUGAGAAAGCAGAAGUACGGCAAGAUCAUCAUGACUUCUUCCACCUCUGGCGUCUUGGGAAAUUUCGGUCAGGCAAAUUACAGUGCAGCUAAACUCGGUCUCGUGGGUCUUAGUAACACUUUAUCCAUAGAGGGUUCCAAGUACAAUAUCCACUGCAAUUCUAUUGUCCCAUUGGCAUCCUCUAGGUUGACCCAAGGUAUUAUACCCCCAGAUGUGAUGGAUGUCGUAAAACCUGAAUAUGUAGCACCUUAUGUCGUGUACCUCUGCCAUGAAAGCUGUCCAGAGACUGGAGGGGUCUUCCAGCUCGCGGGUGGUUGGGCUGUGGAGUUGAGGUGGCAUCAGGCUGCCGGGGUGGUGUUGUUUGCGAAAGGUGGUCAGGUGCCGACCCCGGAAAUGGUGAGAGACAACUGGGAUAAGGUAACGGAUUGGUCAGGUCCUGCAAAAGAGUUUAGUAACAGUGGCAACUUUAUGGCAGAGCUUCUUGGGAAGCUGCAAGGAGCUAAAGAAGCAUCAGUGUUAGCAGAAAGUAAGGGAACCUCAAGCAUUGGAGAAAAGGUCCAGUUGGUGAAAGGAAAAGAGAUACAGUUCACAUAUGGGUUCAAAGAUGUAAUCCUGUAUGCACUGGGUGUAGGAGUGACGGUUCCAGAGGAUUCCCAUCUAAAGUUUCUCUAUGAAGGCCAUGAAGACUUUAGCACUUUGCCAACAUUUGGUGUAAUUGCAGCCCAG